CUCCACGCACACGCACACGCACACGAGUCCGGCGAAGAGGCGGGAGCGAGUGCGGAGGUUGACUCUGUCGCACAGUCGCUCGCUUGCUGGAUGGUGCUCACAAGCGCAGGGCGCGCACGCACAGACGCGCGCACGCAGGGAGUGACCAAACAGCUUCCACCAUGAUGAUGAUGCCCAAGAGGCCUCAGACGUCCCCGGGCAGCGUGCUGUCUCUGCGGAGCGGCGCCAGUGUGCCGGGAUCCCCCGCCACCGCCAUUGUGGCCCGGGUGGACGAUGGAGUGAUGGUCUACAAGGACCUGGCGGCCCUUCCACGGGACAAAGCUAUCCUGGACAUUGAGAGACCAGACUUGAUGACGUAUGAGCUGCACUACAACUACAGUCCGCUGGAUGUGUCGCGGUCGCUAUCUCCCGGGUCAUUCUCUCCUCCGACCUCCCCCGAGGAGUCCCGGGCGUGGCUGGAGAAAAGUUCUCCCGCAGGCUCGUCCUCACCUGCUUCCAGCGGCAAGAAACGCAACAGCGGCGACACAACGCCAUCUCCACACACACAACACACGCUACUGACACAAAACCUACAACCCUCCAAGAUCCUGCAACACUUCCAUCGGCCAGACAAUGGAAGUAACAUCUACAGAAAACCUCCGAUCUACAGAAGAGGCGCGUCGUCGUCAGCGCUCCCUGCGGGGAAGCACUUGGAGGAUCUCAUCAUAGAGUCGUCAAAGUUUCCUGCCGCUGAGCCUCCAGAUCCAAACGCUCCCUCCAAGAUUGAGACGGAACACUGGCCCUGCCCCCCCUCCUCCGCCGUCUUUGAGAAGGAGAAGGCGUGUCGUCAGAAUGAGGGGAAGCAAGAGGAAGAAGAGGACGAUGAGGAGGAGGAUCAGGUUUGGGGUUUGCGAGCUCUUCACAGGCAGGAACUCAACAAGAUCCAGUCCAACCUGGGAAGGAUCAUCCUGAAGGACGAGCUAGACAAGUCAGCCGCUCCUCUGAGGAGGAAAACUCGCUCGCUACCGGACCGCAGCCAGAAUACAGGCGCUGCUACGUUAGGCUCUGGUUGUUUCCCAGCAUCUGGGGCAGGCCUGGCCAGGUUGCAGUCUACAGAAUUCAGCCCAUCAAAGAAGCCUGCCUCAGGUGUUCAGAAUGGUGACCCCGCGAUGGACCGAGGCCGCUCAUUGCCCAGCGUACUCGAGCUUAAGAUUUACCCGUAUGAAACGCUGGUGGUCAACCACAGAGGACGGAGUAAACUUCCUCCAGGCGUCAACAGAAUGCGGCUGGAGAGACAUCUGUCACGGGAAGAGUUCGUCAGUGUGUUUGCGAUGACGCCGGAGGAGUUUGAGCAUCUUUCCCUAUGGAGGCGAAACAACCUCAAAAAGAGGGCGUGUCUCUUCUGAGCGCACACCCACGAUCCUAAAGACACACCCUAUCCACGCAAGCAAAAGCGCCAAUAGAGACACUCACAUUAGCAUUAGCCAUGACUGCUAAAACUUUCUGAGCAGGCACCACAAAUAUUGUUCCUUUAAAACUCUUGGGGGUCUAGCUAUAUGACUAUGAAUUAUAUGAUUGCUAAAAUAUGUUGGGCAGUUGCCACAAACACUGGAUUCCAAAUCUAAAAAGCUACAAGUAAAGCUAAAAUUACCAUUAGUGUGACAAUACUAAUAGCUAUAAUGUGAAGAACUUGUAGAGACGCUAAUGUUACCACGUGUUGAACAUGUUGAAGUCCAAUCCACUCUUAAUGAAUGUUCCAAAAGACACCUGGCAAUUACAUCUUCUGACAGCAACUGUCCAACUCUCGGUUAGCAUUCAGUUUAUCUUAGGUUAGCAUACUGACCGUGAAAAAAAAGGGGAGAUCGGCUGAAAGGAAGUCAUCAGCUUGUUUUGGAUUAAUGCAAGUGCAGACUGAUGACAUCACGUUCGUGUCUUGUCAGCCAUUUUGCGUCUGUUGCCGAGGGCGUCGCCACCAUUUUGUAUGAUGACGACAUUUUAGAUAACUUCAGAAAAAGAUGACCAGCUUUGUUUUGAUAGAUUGGGAGUAAAUACAAGUAACUAACUACAUGUUGGUUGUUUUUAAUUUCUAAUUUUUGAUGUUUUUGAAGAUAAUGAUUAAUUUUGUGUAAAAUGCCUGCUGCAUGCAUGAUCUUAACGUGAUAGGAUCACUAAUUAAUCGGCAUUGAAUGCGUGUGCUCUCAGCUCAUUUACAUAUCUAUCAUGACUGAAAUUACAGAGUAGUGCUGUUGUUUCUUACUGUAUGUGGAUGAUGAAUGUGAUGUGAACGAUGA